AUGGCGUCUGCGAACCUCCGCAUCUUGAACGCCGUCGUGGCGCGCGCGGGAGGCGCCUGGGGCCAGAAGACCCCGAGCGGCGGCCCAGACUCGUCGCCGAGAUUCUUCCAGGACGCCCUGGAGGGCGCCCUCGCGCCGAAGACGCCGUCGGGCUCGCCCCUCGCCUCGCCGAGGCUGCUGGGCGCCCUCACGCCGCGGCGGUCGCUCCAGAUCGGGGUGGCCGUCCGCGCGCGGUGGCAGAGGCCAGGACCCACGCCGUCGAGGCGGGAGCUUGCCGCAGGCCUCUCUCUCUCUCUCUCUCUCUUUCGGGCGGCAGCACGUGGUCUCAAUGCUGAUUGGGAGCCAGGAGGAGACCUCGCUCGUUAUUAG